AUGCCGACAAUCAGUACUUCUGAAUUAUUGAACCUCCUUUCUGAGCAUUCAAAUCCUUCCCCAGCUGAACAGACACAAAUAGAUCCGGGUGUUGCAUUAGAAAAUGAAGAUGAUAACCGAAGUAAUUUCUCGCUUCCAGACGAUACAGAUUCGAGUGAUGAAGAUUUCAGUCCUCUCGGUGAAGGUUGGAGUGGUAAAUGGGAACCGCCACCAGUUGACCAGAUAGUGUUUGAUUCAUCUAUGCUGGCAGAAAUCAAUUCAUUGCUUCCGCGCAUUAAUAUCCCAAGCUGGAUCAAGCGUGCGAUACCUGUUCUCGGCAAAGCAUCAUUUGGUAAAUUGAAAGCCGAUGAAUGGCGAAACCUGUUCACCAUUCAAUUACCUCUGAUACUGAUCCCGAUGUGGUAUGGACAUGAUGAAGUCAAGAAUUCACUUCUCAAGAACUUUUGUCACUUAGUGUCACUAGUUAAUCUAGCACUCAAGCGAGUAAUGACAUCAGAAAUAAUCUCAUCAUACCGCCAUCACAUCCGCCAAUACCUAGAGAGCUCGAUUGUUCUCUUUGAUCACUGUCAACCAACAUGCAACCAUCAUCUAGCAAUGCAUCUUGCCAACUGCCUUGCAAACUUUGGCCCAGUGCGCUCCUGGUGGUCGUUCCCUUUUGAAAGGUUGAUGGGAGACAUUCUCAAGUCUUGUCACAAUAAUCAUCUGGGUGAGUCUAUCCAUCACACAUUUUUUUACUUCUGCUGA